CCCGGUGGCCCCGUAAAACCACAUCUCAAAUUCCCCGGAAAAGCCUGGACCUAAGGCUGCAGCGUUGAGGCCCUGCACACUGAGGACUACACUUCCCAGCGGCGCCCGGAACUGGGUAAUAAAUUCUCAGCCGCAAGUGGAGCACCGAGCACGACCCGGUCUCGGAGGCGCCAGGGGUUGAACUGCCCAGCUCUGAGGACUCCUAGUUCGUGGCGUGGUGGGAAGUUGUCCUCUUCUGGUCCCGGGCUCAGACCACGGCUCCUUGAGAGAACUCUGGACCGUCGGCUUAGGCUUUUAGUUACAGUUCCUUGAGGCUUCUGGGCAUCUCCUAGGACUGUGGCAGACAAGUUAACUUCGGGGUCUCGGGACACUCCGAUGGAGGGCCGUUCCGCCCUUUCCCAAACUGUGGGCUACAUACUUCAGAAGCCUCCACAGUCCAUAACUUCUUCUCAGUUCCCAGCAGUCGACCUAUUGUUAUCCGGACCUGUCGGCUCGCCCAGGUCCUCGGAGAAUGUUCAGGCGCACUGAGCUACCAGAUCCGAGCUUCAUCGAAGGCAGGGAAUGACGCACGAGGAAGACUGUCGAGCCAGCCAGACCCUUGCGGGAAUUUUGCUCUUCUGGACUACAUUUCCCUGACAGCUUCGCGGCACGAGCCGUUUCCUGCCAGAGUUGGUUGGCGGGCAGUGAAUCCCACGGAGUUCGGACACAAAGCGUCGGUGUGUCCUCGGCGGCCUAGCUCACUAAUUUGCUGCGGACCUGAAGAGACUGGCGUGCGAGGACUGCGGAGAAGUGGACGUUAAGGACCCCUGGGGCGGGACAGGCACUGUGACUGGCCUUCUCCCGAGGGCUAUUUUCUGCCGUCCAGCGGGUUUGUAUAACUUCGGCCUGGGAACUCCUCUCAUACUUUUUGUCUUUUCAUCGUGUGUUCGCCGGGGAUCCAGUCCCAUAGAGGUUCCUCCACCUAGAAGACAGGGUUGUGAGGACUCUGACAGAUGGGUCCACUUAACUUUAUCUUGGAGCCACAUUUUUGAACUCAGAAGAACAUAAAUAUAAUAUGUUGGGCUUACAAGAACCCAAAGUCAGGCUCUUAUGGAAGAAGGCAGCCACAGUCUGGGAUUCUUUUCCCAGUACUCCCAUCUAGACCCCUAAGGUUACCUACUCUUUGAGCUGAGAAUCAGAACUGGAGAAGAGAAGAACUGCUGUUCACCAGAAGUCAUGGCGGAGGGCUUGAAGUUCAAAGAUGUGGCCAUUUUCUUCUCUCAAAAGGAGUGGGAAUGCUUGCACUCUACUCAGAAGGAUUUAUACCGAGCUGUAAUGUUGGAAAAUUAUAACAACUUGAUCUCACUGGGACUUUCUGAUUCUAAGCCGGAUGUGAUCUCCUUAUUGGAACAGGGGAAGGAGCCCUGGAUUAUUAAAAGGAAGGAGACAAAAGAGUGGUGCUCAGAUUGGGAAUCCAGAAGAGAAACCAGGAAUUUAUCUCCAAAGCAGAGCUGUUAUGAAAUUAAAUCAUUGCAACCAGAGAUAAAAACACCUAUAAGGUCUAACCUUGUAUGCAUUAGGGUUAGAGAUAAUAGUGAAAUCAAAUGCUACCUGGAGAGACAACAAGAUGGACAUUUCAAACCGGCUCUAAUAACCUCUGAAGAAAUGUCUGCUUUCAUUCAGUGCAAAGUUUAUAGAGUACCUCAGAUAAUUCAUACUGGGAGGAAGUCAUGUGAAUACAAGGAAUGUAAGGAAGUUUUCAGGUACCAAUCAGACCAUAUUCAACAUGAAAGCAGUCAUAAUAAGGAAAAAAACUCUAAAUGCAGAGAAUGUGGAAAAGCCUUGAAUAGUAGGUCAGACUUGAAUAAGUGUCAGAGAAUUCAUGAAAGAAAGGAAAGUAAUGAAGGUAAUAAACAUGCCUUUAUUCAUGAUUCUGAAAUUACUGAACCUCAGAGCAUUAAUACUGGGGAGAAGGUUCUUAAAUGUAAAGAAUGUGGGAAAACCUUUUCUUCUAACUCACAGCUUAUUAACCAUCAAAGGAUUCAUAUUGGUGAGAAACCCUAUGAAUGUAAGGAGUGUAAGAAGGCCUUUCCAACUACUUCACAACUUAAUUUACAUCAGAGAAUUCAUACACAUGAGAGGUACUAUGAAUGUAAGGAAUGUGGAAAAGCUUUCACCCGUCCCUCACACCUUUUUCGACAUCAGAGGAUCCACACUGGUGAGAAACCCCAUAAAUGUAAAGAAUGUGGUAAAGCUUUUCGUUAUGACACACAACUUAGUCUUCAUCAAAUAAUUCAUACCGGUGAAAGACGCUAUGAAUGUAAGGAAUGUGGAAAGGUAUAUAGCUGUGCCUCACAACUGAGUCUACAUCAAAGAAUUCAUACUGGCGAGAAACCUCAUAAAUGUAAGGAAUGUGGGAAAGCUUUUAUCUCUUAUUCACAUCUUAUUCGACAUCAGAGUGUUCAUACUGGUGAUAAACCAUACAAAUGUAAGGAAUGUGAGAAAUCCUUUCGUCGUGGCUCAGAACUUACUCGACAUCAAAGAGCUCACACUGGUGAGAAACCCUAUAAAUGUACGGAAUGUGCAAUGACCUUUACUUGUAGCACAGAACUUAUUCGACAUCAAAAAAUUCACACUGGUGAGAGACCCCACAAAUGUAAGGAAUGUGAAAAAUCUUUUAUUCGAAGGUUAGAACUUACUCAUCAUGAGAGAACUCAUAAUGGUGAAAAACCGUAUGAGUGUAAGGAAUGUGGAAAGGCCUUUGGUCGUGGCUCAGAACUUAGUCGACACCAGAAAAUUCACACUGGUGAGAAACCUUAUGAAUGUAAGCAUUGUGGAAAAGCCUUUAUUCGUGGCUCACACCUUAGUCAACAUCAAAAAAUUCAUGCAGGACAGAGGAAUGAAUGAAGAUAUGGGAACAUUCAGAAUUUAAUUGACAUCUGAAAUUCAUACUAGUAAAACAGAAACAAAUCUCUAUGAUUAUAAGGAAUAUGGGAAAGUACAUAAGAAUAACUUAAUAUCAAGAGUUUGUACUGUGAAUGUAAAGUGUUUAAGGGCCAGAAUGUUAGGAAUUGGGAGGGUUUAUUUGUGUUUCAGAAUUCCUUUCCUAUCAUAGUGCAAUUGGUAAAAAAAACUGAAUGUAAGAAAAAUGGGAAAGUUUAGGAUAGCAGCAAAUGUGUUAAGAGGCAUUAAUAGUUCAAACCUUUCUCAACAUCAGGAUCAUUAGCCCUCAAGAGAGAUUAGAAGUUUUAUAACAUAAAUAGUAUAUAUAUGGGACACCAAUUUCUUUACCUAUCAAGUUAUUCAUCUGACAAUUCAUACUUGAAGGUUAUGUUAAUAUUAAAAUUAUACCAGAUUACUGUCCUUUCUAAAUCAUGUUAGUAUUUGCAAACUCAUUGUCUAAAAUUAAACUGAGUAAGAGUGGGGAAAGGUUGAACCAAUAUUUAGUCUUUAUUGUCUUCACCAUCAUAACUCCUUAUAAGGCAAAUUAUUUAAAUAUAUCUAAAUUUUCUCAUUUAUACAUUGAUAAUAACACCAUAAUUCUUAGUAGCAUUGUGAAGAUUAAAUAAUUAUAUCUUUUAUAAGUGUUUGCAUUGUAUUGAAAAUGUAUUAGGACUUCCAGUCAAGAUGGAGGUAUAGAUAGACACACUGUGCCUCCUCACACAACCAAAAUUAAGAACAAAAAAAUUAGAAACAACAACAAAAAAACAACCAGAACUGACAGAAAAUUGAGUUUUAUGGGUGUCCGACCACCACUCAGCCAGACCAAUGAACCAGGCAAAAACAGGAAGCAAGAGAGACCGCACAACUUAGGGCCCAAGCACCGGGAAAUAAAGCCUAAAAGCACCGAUUGAAAACACCAAUUGAAAACACUUAAGGUGCCAGGAGAGACUCCCAGCCACACAGGAGAGUUUGUUGAAGAGACCCACCAGGUCCUAAAACAUACAUAAGCCCACAAACCCGGGAACUAGCACCAGAAGGGCCCGAUUUGGCUGGGGAAAACAGCAGAAGGGACUUAAAUACGAGAAAGUAGAGAAAGCGCCAUGGUUCCCUCUCUGACCCUGCCCCAACAUACACCUUCACAACCUAGCUACUGGGUUGUCCCACCCUGGUGAACACAUAAGAAUCUGCCCCUCACUAUGUAACAGGUGCCACCCCCCCCCAAAAAAUGGCUCAAAUGGAAGAACAGAUCAAAGCCUGAGAGCCAAUACUUUUAAGUGACCAAGAGAUAGCCAGUCUAUCAGAUGCACAGUUCAAACGACUGGUGGUCAGAAUGCUCACAGAAUUGGUUGAUUUUAGUCGCAAAUUAGAUGAAAAAAUGAAGGCUACACUAAGUGAAAUGAAGGAAAAUGCACAGGGAAGCAAUACUGAUAGGAAAAAAAAAGCAGACUCAAAUCAAUGGAGAGGACCAGAAGGAAGAAACAACCAACCAAAUAGAAAAAAGAAGAAACAAGACUUCAAAAAAAUGAGGGGAGGCUUAGGAACCUCCAGGACAUCUUUAAACGUUCCAACAUCUGAAUUAUAGGGGUGCCAGAAGGGGAACAGGAACAGCAACAAUUGGAAAACUUAUUUGAACAAAUAAUAAAGGAGAAUUUCCCCAAUCUGGCAAAGGCAAUAGACUUCCAGGAAGCUCAGAGAGUGCCAAAGAAGUUAGACCCAAGGAAGAACAUACAAAGGCACAUCAUAAUGACUUUAGCCAAGAUUAAUAUGAAGGAGAGAAUUCUAGAAGCAGCAAGAGAAAAGGGGACAGUCACCUAUAAAGGAGUUCCCAUCAGACUGUCAGGUGAUUUCUCAAAAGAGACCUUACAGGCAAGAAGGGGCUGGAAAGAAGUAUUCUAAGUCAUGAAAGGCAAGUACUUACAUCCAAGAUUGCUCUAUCUAGCAAAGCUUUCAUUUAGAAUGGAAGGGCAGAUAAGUGCUUCUCAGAUAAGGUCAAGUUAAAGGAGUUCAUCAUCACCAAGCCCUUAUUAUGUGAAAUGUUAAAGGGACUUCUCUAGGAAAAAGAAGAUGAAAAACAUGUACAGUAAAAUGACAGCAAACUCACAAUUAACAACCAUGCCUAAAAUAAAGAAGCAAAAUAAGCAAAUAACUAGAACAGUAACAGAACCACAGAAAAGAAGAUCACAUAGAGGGUUAGCAAACAGGAGAGUAGGAGGAUGAGAGAGGGGGAAAAGAUACAGAGAAUAAGUAGCAUAGACAGUAGGUAGAAAAUAGAUGGGGAGGGCAAGAAUAAUAUGGGAAAUGUAGAAGCUAAAGAACACAGGGACAUGAACUAAAGGGGGAAUGUGGGUGGUAGGGGGUAUGCAAGGUGGAGGAAAAUGAAGGGGGGAAAUGGGACAACUGUAAUAGCAUAAUCAAUAAAAUAUAUUUUAAAAAUAUUAGGUAAGAGAUGCUUUUAUUUUUUACUUUCACAAUUUUGUAUUAGAGAUUACAUGAGAAUAGGACCUUUUGGGUUUGUUGACUACAUGAAUAUCUUGCAUUGUAACUUUAUUUUUUAUUUUGAUACUUAUUUUUUGCAUUUUUUUGUUGUUCAAGUAGAGUUGUCUCCAUUUUCCUGCCACCACUUUCCCCCCUGCCUCACACACCCACAUCUGCCACUUUCAAUUUUUCCAACUUUUAGCUUUGCCCAUGGGUCCUUUAUACCUGUUCCUUGAUGACCCUUUCCCUUCUUUCUCCCCUUCUUUCUCCCCUUAUCCCUCUUCCCACUCCCCUAUGGUUAUUGUCAGUAUGUUCUGUAUUUCAAAUUCUCCGGUUGUAUUUUGCUGACUUGCUUGUUUUGUUAAUUAGGUUCCACUUGAAGAAGAGAUCAUAUGGUAUUUGUCUUUCACCACUUGGCUUAUUGCACUUAGCAUUAUGUUCUAUAUUCCCAUCCAUCCAUGCUGUCAUGAAGGUUAGUAGCUCCUUUCUUUCUGCUCAUAGAAUUCCAUUGUGUAAGUUUUUGGUCCAUAGUUUUUGGUCCAUUCAUUUAAUGAUGGGCACUUAGGUUGCUUCCAACAACACUUAGCUAUUGUAAAUUGUGCUGCUAUGAACAUUCGGGCACAUAGAUUCUUUUGGAUUGUUUUUUUUAGGGUUCUUGGGAUAUAAUCCUAAAGGCAGUUUCAUUGUUAGUAUUCUGAGGAAAUUCCAUAGUGGUUGCACCAGUCUGCAAUUGCACCAAUGGUACAACAUUGUUCACUUUCCUCCACAUCCUCUCCUACACUUUUUGUUUGUUGCUUUGUUUAUGAUGACCAUUCUUACUGGUGUGAACAGGUAUUUCCUUGUGGUUUUAAUUUGCAUCUGAUUCAUGGCUAGUGAUGCUAAACCUCCUUUUCUUUGUCUCUGGGCCCUAUCUGUGUCCUCCUUGAGAAAUGUCUGUUCAAGUGCUUUGCCCACCUUUUACUUGGGUUUGUCUUCUUAGAGUGGAGUUGUGUCAGUUCUUUGAAUAUUUUGGAGAUCAAACCCUUGUCUGAGGUAUCCUUGGCAAAUAUGUUUUCCCAUAUGGUUGGUUCCCUUUUCAUUUUAAUGCUGUUCCCUUUAGCUGUGCUGAAGCUUUUUAUUUUGAUCCCAUUUGUUUAUUCUUUUCUUUAUGUCCCUUGCUCCAGGAGACAUAGCAGUGAAAAUUUUGUUGUGUGAAAUAACUGAGAUUUUCCUGCCUAUAUUCUCCUCUAGGACUUUAAUGGUAUCAUGACUUACAGUUACUUUUUUUAUUCAUCUUGAAUUUAUUUUUGUGUAUGGUGUAAGUUGGUACUCGAGUUUCAUAUUUUUUUGCACGUAGCUGUCCAGCUCUCCCAACACCAUUUUUUUAAGAGGCUGUUUUACUCCAUUUUAUGUUGCUGCCCCUUCUGUUGAAUAUUAAUUGACCAUAGAUACUUGGGUUUAUUUCUGGGCUCUCUGUUCUGUUCCACUGGUCUAUCUGUUUUUAUGCCAGUACCAGGCUGUUUUGAUUACAGUAGCCUUGUAAUACAGUUUGGUAUCAGGUAUUAUGGUCCCUCGUACUUUGCUCUUCUUUGUCAAAAUUGCAGCAGCUGUUCAGGGUCAUUUAUCGUUCCAUAUAAAUUUUUUAAAUAUCUGUUCUGUGUCUGUGAAAUAUGCCAUUGGUACUUUUAAUAGGCAUUGUACUGAAUCUGUACAAAUUGCUUUGGAUAGUGUGGAUAUUUUGAUGGUGUGAAUUAUUACAAUCCAUGAACAGGGUAUAUGUUUCUAUUUGUUUAUGUCUUCCUUAAUUUCUUUUUUUAGUCUUGUAUAGUUUGCUGAUUACAGGUUUUUUUCAUCCUUGGUUAGGUUUAUUCCUAUGUAUUUUAUUUUUCUUGUUGCUAUAUCAAACAGGUUUUUUUCCUGACUUCUGCUUCAGCUGUUUCAUUGUUGGUAUACAAAAAUGCCUUUGAUUUCUGGAUAUUGAGUGUGUAUCCUGCUGUUUUGCCAAAUUCAUAUAUUAGGUUGAGCAGUUUUUUGGCAGAGUACAGGAUUUUUUAUGUAUACUAUCAUGUCACCUACAAACAAUGACAGGUUUGUUUCUUCUUUUCUGAUUUGGAUGUCUUUUAUUUCUUAUUCUUGUUUGAUUUCUGUGGCUAUGACUUCCAAUAGUACGUUUAAUAGAAGUGGUGAAAGUGGAAAACCUUGUUUUGGUCCAGAUCUUAGCGGUAAAGUUUUUAGCUUUUGUCCAUUGAGUGUUAUAUUGGAUGUAGUUCUCUCAUAUAUGGCCUUUAUUAUGUUGAGGAAUACUCCCUCUAUUCCAACUUUGCUGAGUGUUUCUAUCAUAAAUGAGUACUAUACCUUAUCAAAUGCUUUUUCUGCAUCAACUGAUAUGAUCUUGUGAUUUUUGUCCUUGCCUUUGUUUAUGUGAUGUGUUAUGUUUAUUGAUUUGCGAAUAUUGUAGCAUCCUUGCAUUCCUGGGAUGAAUCUCACUAGGCCAUGGUGUAUGAUCUUUCUAAUGUAUUGCUGGAUGCAGUUUGCCAAUAUUUUGUUGAGGAUUGUAGCGUCUGUAUUGAUCAGCUAUAUCUUUCUUUGUUGUGUCUUUAUGUGGUGUUGUUGGCUUCAUAAAAAGAGUUCGGGAGUCUUCCAUCUUCUUGCAUUUUUUGGAAUGGUCUCUGAAGGAUAGAGGUUACCUCUUCUUUAAAUGACCUGUGAGUUCUCCUGUCUUUGUAGGGUAAACUUCUGUGGUAGGAAUUCUGUGAGGUUCAGUGGUGUGGUCCCUUUGAUCUCCUUGUCUGGACACUGUAAGUUUGCCCUUUCUUCUGUUUGUGUGGGCUCUCUUGCUGUGCCUGGGAUUUUACCUUUUGGUGGUUCCUUUGUUGGUGGGUUCUCUCCUCCAGCAGGUAUACUGAUGUUCGUAGCUGCCACCUGUUCUUAUAUGUAGUCAGUGACGGGGGUAGGCAAUAUGGAUUAAGACAGUGGGACAGUAUUUUAUAGGAUAUAGAGUACCAGCAUAUAGGGAAAAGAUAGGAGAUUCUUUGGAUAAGUAUAGCAUUAACUGUGAUAUUUCACCCAACUAGCCACAUUUUAUAAAAGGUGAAGGAAAGAUAAGACUCUUGUUACAGGGAGGAGGAUUGGGAGCUGAAUCCAGAAAACAGAGCACUUGUGCAGGGUUAGAUGAUGAGAUAUAGUGGGAAUAAAGUAGAGAAAGUAGGUGUAGUGUGAGAGAGAAUAGAGUUAACCACAACAAUAUUAAUGCUUGGGAAUAAAGUGAAGUGGGCUAAAUUCAUGGAGGGUUGCUGUGUAAUAUGUACAAUUGUAUGGAACAAUUAUUUAUAAUAUUACUAGAACAACAAUAACAUACCAAGAAAUGUAUGAUUUGGAUAACCAGAAUAGAAAGUACUCAAUCAAGAAUAAUGUGUUAUUGGAAGACGAGUGAUGUGAAAGAAGGAAAAUUAAAAUGCAUUAAAGAGAGAAUAAGGAAAACCAGUCAAACAAUGCAAUUAAACAGAAAAAUAGGGGUGGCUUGGGAAGAUGGUGGCAGAGUAGGACAAAGGAUUUCGCUUCCCCCCCACGCACCGGAGAAAAACCGAGCUGAUCUUCAGAGGAGCGCGGUGGACAGCCAACAGGGACCCAGCAUAUAGGAAGGUAGGACUCCAGAAAUUGGAGCAGACUCUGAAUGACCAGAUGGUGAGGAGAGACGGCUGCAGGUCAAUAAGGUCCGAGGGAAUGGUGCAGAGGCUGCAGGCCCUCCGUGGGCCGCACCAGGGCCCAAGCCGAGCCAGGGCCUGGGCUGGUCCACCUCAGUCUCUGGGAGCGGAGGGCUGGAAGCAAGGGCCUUGGGAGAGAGCCAGUAACCAGCUCCUUACCUACCCAGCUGGGCACAGUUUGAAAAACUCCAAGAGAGAUCUGUUUCCUUGGAGUAUCAGGGAGAGGAGUGGGUAUGAAGAAGCAAAACAGAGAGCUUUGAUCACACGUGGAGUCUGUGGUUGCCAGCUUGGGGGAAUUGAGUCACCCUUGUGUUCCCACAUAGCACUGAGAAAGGGUCGCACCCAAGCCAGCAGGACCAGAGAAGCCUGGCUGGGAACGAACAUCCACACCCCAGACUGAAUCCUGGAGAAAGUGUGCUCUCGGGCACUGAGGAGAAGAUCUUGGGAGAGCAAUUGUGAGACCAGCUCAGUUCACUGAGAAGGGAGAAAGGCAGCACUAAUCGACCCUCUGACUGCUGCAGCUUAGUGCGACCAGCAGAAAAGGCUCGACUAGCUGGAAACCAACAAGUGGUGUUUU